AUGAUAUCGUAUGAUAAAGGCAGUAAAACCUAUAAAGUAUCAGCAUUGACUGAUUCAGAAAUAGUCUUUGCCAAUGAUCCAAAGCACAAAUACAUAAUAUCACAUGAUUCAACCAUAAUUAUGAAUGAAGGAGGACUAUUGUGCUGUAAGGUGUGUGAUCCAAUACAAAUCAGUUCAUUUGGAGCAAAGAAGAAGUCAUUCACGCUUUCACAGAUGGUUUUCACCCUAAAAACGGAGGAAACAGUGGCACAGCUGCAGAACAAGAAGGACGUCAUCAAAUGCGGUAGUGGAAUCAAAGUGAAAACUGAUGAAAUGUUCAGACACCUGGUUGAAAAUGGGCUACUAUCAAAAAUAACAUUUGAUCCAUCGAAUGCCUUCAUAUUUGAUGGAACAAAAGACGUAAAAAUGAGAAAGCACAAGAACAAGGGCAAAAAGAAGGAGGAGGAAGUCACCAAGGAUCCUGAUGCCUUCAAGAGUGCCAGCACGAAAAGGCGGAACAUUUGUAUCGGUGCAUCUGUCCUCUUCUUCCUUUGUGGAGCAACCCUUUACAUCUUCAUUAGGUUUGGUUCCAGUAAAAAGGGUUAG